CUUAACGGUUGCAGGUCUAAUGAUUCUAUCCCAAGUUCGUUAUGUUCAAGAUGGAAAAUAUGUAAACAUUUAGGUAACGAGCUUUUAGUAAUUCGCCACAGGUACGGGUCAGCUAUUCCGAAUCUCGGAACUGGUAUCCCGAACUUGCGGGGUUCAUAUACAUACAUCAGGAACGCCCACAAACAUUUUAUGUUGUAGCCAGUACAUCUGCAUUGUCUGGUACAUAAUGGUAGCUAUUCUCACCACCGCAAGGCUCGUCUUCAAGGACUCGGUUGCGCGGCAAAAAGCCAUCGAUGCGUUUCACAAGAUCAUUGAAUACACAACACCACAUGAGCCACACGUUCUGCAAUAUGUGUGCGCAUUACCGGUAGACGAUAGCUUAGGCACCGAGAUAUACAUGAUCGAAGAAUACGCGAAUCAAGAAGCAAGCGACACACACUUGGCCACCAAGCCCGUCCAAGAUCUAAUUCAAUUAUUCACGACUGGAGAUGUCCUCGCUCAACCACCGGAAGUCCACAACUCCAAUGUGAUUGUGAACAAAUCUUCAGGGAUGCCGAUACCAGUCUCAUCAAAUCCCGCUGUCGUCCUUAUGAACAUUCCCUCGAAAUCUGAGCUUUCAACCAAAGACAAAGAGAGGUGGCGCGAAAUGUCAUCUAUUGUGAUGAAUAGCGUAAAAGGCGUAUCUGCAUUCACUGUUGUUGAAGAUCAGGAAGCAAACAGUACGCGAGUCGAAGCUGUGCUGCAGAGUUGGGAUGCCUUCGCCGAAUAUCAAGAGUUUUUGAUAGAUGGGCGACAAGACGGAGCAGUAGUGGUAAGACUUAGACCUAUUGAUGGUUUUGUUGGCCGCGAGAACGCGAGCAAGCUGUAGUUUCCAAACCCCACGUAGACAGAUAGGAGCGUUUUCCGUCCUCUUGGCUAGUUGAACGAGUAGAUAUCAACUACCCGCCUCGUUCGUGUUU